UUAGUUCAUAACUCAUCUGUCCGUCCCUGCAAGUUACUUCUAUUUCUAUAUAAUUUUUUUUUUUUUUGUAUGAAAUUUUCUAUAUAAUUUACUUCUGUUAGAAUUAGAAAGACAAAAAGUCAAUUGGGAGCUCUCUCGUAUGGCGUCGCUAGAUUCUCAUGUGUUGAAGAAGCUGGUUAGCCUUUCUUUUUCUGCUCUUUUUAUUAUGAUCACUAUGGUAAAAUCGGAAUCGCAAUGCCAGAAUUUCCAGUCAAUCAUCAGUUUCGGUGAUUCGAUUGCCGACACGGGAAACUUGCUCGGUCUCUCGGAUCGUAACAAUCUUUCUUUGAACGGUUUUCCACCGUACGGAGAAACUUUUUUCCACCACCCAACCGGUCGGUCCUCUGACGGCCGUCUCAUCAUUGACUUCAUUGCUGAAUUUUUGGGGCUUCCUUAUGUAACUCCUUACUUCGGAUCUAAAAAUGGAAACUUUCAAAAAGGAGUUAAUUUUGCCGUAGGCUCAGCAACGGCAUUGGAAGUUUCUUUUCUCGAGGAGAGAGGAUACCAUUGUCCUCACAACAUUAGUUUAGGGGUUCAAGUUAAGAUCUUCAAGGAGAGUUUACCAAAUCUAUGUGGCUUGCCAUCAGACUGUAAAAAUAUGAUUGGAAAUGCUUUGAUUCUCAUGGGAGAGAUCGGAGGGAAUGAUUAUAACGGCCCAUUCUUCCAACGCAGACCCGUUGACGAGGUCAAAGAGCUCGUUCCGUUGGUGAUUAGUACUAUUUCUUCUGCAAUUACGGAGUUGAUUAGUAUGGGGGGAAGAACAUUUCUGGUGCCUGGAGAGUUCCCUAUAGGAUGCUCAGUAGCAUAUUUGACAUUAUAUCAAACAUCAAACAUGGAAGAAUACGAUUCUUUUGGAUGUCUCAAAUGGCUGAACAAGUUUGGAGAAUAUCACGACGAACAGCUUCAAGCAGAACUCAAGAGACUCAGGAAUCUCAACCCUCAUGUCAACAUCAUAUAUGCUGACUAUUACAAUGCUUUGUUGCGCCUUAACCAAGAACCAACCAAAUACGGAUUCAUAGACAAACCCUUGUCCGCUUGUUGCGGUGUAGGAGAACCGUACAACUUCAACUUUAGUACAUGUUGUGGGAGUUUUGGAGUGGACUCUUGUAAUGACCCUUCAAAGUAUGUGGCCUGGGAUGGCAUUCAUAUGACUGAGGCUGCAUACAAAUUAAUGGCAGAUGGAUUACUCAAAGGACCAUAUGCGAGUCCUCCUUUCAAUUGGACAUGCCUCAGCUCUAAGAUUAAGAACAAGAAUUCAUUAGACACACAAUCUUGUUUGAUGAACAGCUGAUAGUAUAAAUGACCAAAGAAAAAUAAUUGUCGUAUAAAUGUAACUCAAUUUGAAUUGAUUUCUCAUAAUUAUGUUCAAAAUCUGAUGUUAUGUGUUAUGUAUGUAGUUAUGUUUUGAUUUUGUUCUUGGAGAUAAUCAUCUGAACAUUUCUUUGAUA